GUUUCCCAUCUUUCGAAACUCAAGCAUUCCCUCGGAAUUCCUUCGUUUGGAACACGAUCCACGGCGGAGGUGGCCUAUAAUGGUAUCGCUGCCUACACCCUCCAUUCAGGUCGGCCGCCAAAAUGGGUCCAAGCGCGCCACUCCCACUUUUGUUAUUGAUCGUCUCUUUCGUGCUCGCCUCCCGUGCGCAUUACGUCUGAAUGGAACAUCGAUUGCAGCAAUCCACCCCAAUUGAUACUGGGGCCAUCGCGAUGCUAUAAGAGGAAAAUCUUGGCGAUAACUGGUACCCGACAGCCGAAGCUGGGAAUGGGCGCGAGCAAGGAGGAGGGGGAAGGAGCAAAACAAAAUUGACAAUGUCCAGUUCGCCCGGCGGGGCAAUCCCACAGACAUCCAACCCGGCGACAGCAACAGCGAUCUCGGCCUCGAACGCAGUUAACCCACCGCUGGAAGCGAGCCCGGUCUCCGAUCGAGCGGCUCAGCAUGUUCACUAUGCGGCGGAUAACGACCUGGCCGUUGGCCAUGACCCAAAUCCUUCCGAUCCUACCAAUCGAAUCGUACACCCUAUCCCCGACCUCUCGCGUUCCGACAGCGCCCUGACCGGCGACAUUCCCACGUCUCCCUCCAUCAGGAGGAGGAAUACGCGCGUGAGCACCCACAAGCCCGUACAAGACUUCGAUGACUUCGAAAGCCGCCCUGGCUGGCAUCCCGGUGCCGAACCUGGCGUCGACCCCACUAAGCCAGACGGCGGCCAUGCCUUGAGGCCAACCCUCUCCGCCCCUUGCGAUAUCACAGUUGUCGACUUUUCACACGAAGAUAUGUCCAUGCGGCGCUUCGACAAUGACAGCCUGAUCCCCUUCCUCAAGCUGCCGCAGCCAGCAUGGGCGAGAUGCCGCUGGAUCAAUGUCAAGGGCCUCAGUUGGGACGUCAUCCAGGCCUUGGGCCAAUACAAAAAGCUGCACAGGCUUGCAAUCGAGGACAUCAUGAACACGAGGAACAGGACAAAGGCUGAUUGGUUUCCCACCCACGCUUUCAUCGUUUUGACCCUCCACAAACUGGUCCACCUUUGCAAUCCGGAGGCGAAGGACUCCAGCGACUCCAGCGGCGAGGACGACGCGGUGAGUCAGUCGAGCAGACGGAGCCGUCGGAGCGGGCGCAGCGGGCGGAGCGGGCGCAGCGGUCGUGCACCAGGGGGCAUCGCGCGGCGUUUUAGAUCCAUGCUUGACUGGUCGAGACACGAAAAGGCUGCUGAAGGAGGGCUCGAGGACGGUGAAUAUUCGGGGUAUUCGAGCUCCCAGCCUACGGGGUUCCCAGACGCCCCUGCGCCCACUCUAGGGGGCUUUCGGACCAUCCAGGGGUACCACUCGCCCGUAAAUGAUGCCCGCAUCGCCUUCCUGGAAAGGCACUCGGCGUUGGCAGAGAAGGGGCUUUCCGUUGCUGCUGAGCAGGUGUCCAUCUUUGUCACCAAUGACAACACUGUCAUCUCCUUCUUCGAGCUCUCGGCGGAGGAUAUCGAGCAGCCCAUUAUCCGCCGCCUCCAGACGCCCGACACAGUCCUCCGACAAUCCUGCGACGCGUCCAUGGUCGGGCAGGCCAUCAUCGACGCAGUCAUCGACCUGGCCAUACCCGUCACUGCCUGCUAUUCGGAUGUCGUGGCAGACCUGGAACUCGACGUCUUGACCCGGCCGGACAUUGGCCACACCAAGAAGCUGUACAUCAUGAUCGCCGAGAUCAACAAGCUGUUGAGAUUCAUCAGCCCCAUUGCCAAUCUCAUCAAUGCCUUGCGCGACCACAAGACCGACUUGACGCAGGACGCGGCCAUGAAUGCGCUCCAGAACCCGCUGGAAGGUGUCAUCAUCACCCCGAUGACGUACAUAUACCUCGGAGACGUGCUCGAUCACUGUGUCCUGAUCACCGAGUCUCUCAACCAGAUCCGGAGCUCCGCCGACGGCAUGAUCGACCUGAUAUUCAACACCAUCUCGGCCUCGCAGAACGAGUCGAUGAAGCAGCUUGCCGUGGUCAGCAUCAUCUUCCUCCCCCUCACAUUCUUGACCGGCUAUUUUGGCCAGAACUUCGAGCCUUUUGGCCAGCUUGAACGAGGCAUCUCAUUCUUGUCAGUGCAGUCCAUCUUUCCACACGAUCCACUAACCAAUAUAUAUAUACUUGCUGGGCGUGGUUAUGCUGACAUAUAGCCUCGGCCCUUCAGUUGGAUCAUUGGUGCUCCCAUCAUGGUCGCGACCAUUCUCGUUCUGAUGAGGCAGACCAUCUGGGACUACAGCAAGGGUCUCGUGCAGCGGCACCAUGUCGGCCGUUUGAGGAGGAACAGGAGGAGAGAGAGGAAGAAGCGAGCUUGAAGAAGCCUGAAAUGCUGUGGCUUUUGGUGGCUGGUUGAAUUCAGCACCAACUUUGCCAUCCCGCCCCCUUUAUUGUCCGCCUGAAAAGGCUGGCAUGCAUGUUGCAACAUCUAGUACUGAAUGUUGAUACUCAAACGUGCCAUCUCCAUAUCUUAGCUCAUUGAGCGCGAGGCGAUAAUUACCAGAAAUGAUUUAUUAAUUAAUUACCUGCAAU